GCGUGAUAUUGAUAAAUGACAGUCCGACGCGUCUGUCUGAAGCGUUGGACUGCGUCGCGAUGCCUAUCCGCGCUAAGGAAAAACUUCCAAAGUUGCCCAUUCCAAAGCUAGAAACCACUCUACAGAAAUACAAGAAGACUCUACUACCUCUACUGGACGACAAGGAACAUGAGAGAGUGUGCAAAAUCAUCGAUGAUUUUGGAGCACCUGGAGGCCUUGGACCUAAGCUGCAAGUGUAUCUUGAGAACAGGAGAGAGAAAAUGGAUAACUGGUCGAACGAAUACUGGCUCAACGACAUGUACUUCAAUAUCCGGAUUCCGAUUCCAAUCAACUCGAAUCCAGGCAUGGUCUUUCCCCCAAGAAAGUUCACCACCAUUUUGGACGUUGCCAGAUUCACUGCCAGGUUGAUUGACGCUGCUUUGGACCACAAGGAUAUCCUCAAUAGGAAAGCGUUUCCUAUAGAUCGAGCCACCUCAAGAGAACCUGGUCAACCACUAUGCAUGGCCCAGUACUAUAGGAUUCUGGGAGCGUCUAGGAUUCCAGGAAAGAAAAAAGAUUCCCAGUAUGUGAGUCCCAUUCCAAAACCCGGAGAACAUCCAUCUGAACACGUUAUUGUGAUGUGCAGAAGCCAGAUGUAUUGCGUUCCUGUAGAUGCAGGUGACAGGGGCCGACUCAGUGAGGACGAAAUUUGCUCCCAAAUGUUGUACAUCCUGGACGAUGCUCCCUGCUUAUCCGAGGCCCAACCGAUCGGCCUCCUGACAGGCUGGACGCGAACCCUAUGGGCCGAGGCCAGGGAGGACUUGAUGAAGGAGGAGAGGAACAGGCGGUACCUGGACCUGAUAACGACUUCCUUGCUCGUGGUUUGUCUGGAUGAGGCUUUGCCGCCUAGCUUCAAUUGCCGUCUUCAAAGAGGUGAGAAUAUAUUGAUAACGAAAUCAUUCAACAACAAUACCAUUCAGGCCUGUAGCUAG